UAUGAGCCAUGACUGAUGAAGUACUGCCACUUGGUGGCAGCAUGCCUAGGCUCUGCAACGGUCCCCUUGACCUUCCCACAGGUAACACUGGAGACCACCAUUGGCAACAAGAACCCAACCCUGUGGAAGUAUGUGCGGCCCAGGGGCUGUGUGCUGGAGUGGGUACGCAACAUUGUGGCCAACCGCCUGGCCUUGGAUGGGGCCACCUGGGCAGACAUCUUCAAGAGGUUCAACAGCGGCACCAGGUAUAACAACCAGUGGAUGAUUGUGGACUACAAGGCGUUCAUCCCGGGUGGGCCCAGCCCCGGGAGCCGGGUGCUCACCAUCCUGGAGCAGAUCCCCGGCAUGGUGGUGGUGGCCGACAAGACCUCGGAACUCUACCAGAAGACCUACUGGGCCAGCUACAACAUACCGUCCUUCGAGACUGUGUUCAAUGCCAGUGGGCUGCAGGCCCUGGUGGCCCAGUAUGGGGACUGGUUUUCUUAUGACGGGAGCCCCCGGGCCCAGAUCUUCCGGCGGAACCAGUCCCUGGUACAAGACCUGGACUCCAUGGUCAGGCUGAUGAGGUACAAUGACUUCCUCCAUGACCCCCUGUCACUCUGCAAAGCCUGCGACCCACAGCCCAAUGGGGAGAAUGCUAUCUCUGCCCGCUCUGACCUCAACCCGGCCAAUGGCUCCUACCCUUUCCAGGCCCUGCGUCAGCGCUCCCACGGGGGCAUCGACGUGAAGGUGACCAGCAUGUCGCUGGCCAGGAUCCUGGGCCUGCUGGCGGCCAGCGGUCCCACGUGGGACCAGGUGCCCCCGUUCCAGUGGAGUACUUCGCCCUUCAGCGGCCUGCUGCACAUGGGCCAGCCAGACCUCUGGAAGUUCGCGCCUGUCAAGGUUUCGUGGGACUGAGGCUCUGUCCCUGCUCUGCUGCUUUCGCCCCUGCUGACCCUCGGCAGGGCCACCCUGUCCCAAGGCCACCGGACUUCCAACCCCAGCCCCUUCUGGGGGCUUUGUUCUCUGAUCUGGGGUCUGAAUUAUCUCCUCUUAGGGUGGGGCACGAACCUGAUGGGGCUCAGAACUGACUCCCUCUCUCCCCCGAGGUGGGUGGGCACCGUGGCGUCUCCUCUGUCCCCGCCGUGCAUCUCCCACUCUGUUUCUCUCUGUUUCCUGCUGCUGCUCUCUCGAUCUCAUUCCCACCCCUGGGGCCCCUUCCUCGUGCUUCUCCUUCCUGAGGGCUUGGGAAGGUCCUGGGGUCAGACUCUGGGGCUCCCAUGGGGUGGGAGGAGCCUGUUCCAGCACCCUCCUCCCAGCUGCAUUCCCACGGGUGGCCCUGGAGCUGGUGAGUUUUGUCUGGGCAUUGUCUCCGGCUGGCGUUGCUCCUCCCAGCUCUGGCCCCUCUGCUCCCUCAGGAAGCAGUCCCUUCGUCUCCCUUUCUGGACAGCUUCCUUGAGGACAGAAACUUGAAAACAAACACAAACCAAAGUUUCUGGCCAUCUGUGGCUGGAGGGUUCUGAAUGUCCUCUCUCCAUGUCAGGCAGAGGGUCAGCCCCCAUGCUUCUGCCUCAGGCCCCCACCCCACCCCAGGCCUGUCCCUCACCUCAGGGCCAUGCCCACAGCGCCCUGAUGGAGGAACCAGACUGCAGGCUGUGCCACCAUUAAACAAGAGUGGCUCUGGC